CCUGCAAACAACUCGAGCAGGCGCCUCGGCCAGGACCGGCGCGGAGAGGCGGUAGAUCGCCGGGGAGGGCCCGGGGGGCGGCCGCGGCCCACGGGAGAUGGUGGGGGGCGGCCGGGCCGGGGCUGGGAAGGGCCGCCUGCCUCUCCGCGGGGUCGCCGGACCGCGGCCCCGCGCAGCCUUUACGGCCGAAGCGGCGGCAGCGGCGCGUGUGUAGCGGCGGCGGGCGGGAGCGCGGAGGAGGUGGAAAGAAGGGGGGCGCUGUCACGGAGACUCCGGCCGCCGGAGACCCCGCCGCAGCGAGGCCACUGGGCUCCCCGGUCGCGGGCGGGAGCGGUGCCGAGCCGGGGCUCCAGGGGUACACACCGGGCGGAGGAGGGGGCCUAUCUACCCUUCCGCAUUUUCCUGGGUCUCUCUCCCGGGCGGUGACGUGACGUGCUGACGGCGGGCCCGUGCCGGGGAGCUGGGCCGCUUUUUGUCAGCUCCGAGCUCGGCCCCUCCUCCCUCCCUCCUCCCGCCCCACCAGCCGGAGCCCGGCCCAGUGCUCCAGAGAAAGGCCGGCCUGCAGCACCCGCCACCGUCGCCGACCGCCCGCACGCCCGUCCGGAGCUGUGACUGAUGAGAAUUAAAGGCCAUGGAUGAAGAUGGACUUGAAUUACAACCACAAGAGCCAAACUCAUUUUUUGAUGCAACAGUUUUUCAGAACACUUCCCAUACAUUCCCAUUUGAUCAUCACAACAGUCCUGUGAGGAGCUGAUGCUACACACAUGGAUGGUGAUCAAAUUGUUGUGGAAGUACAAGAAACUGUUUUUGUUUCAGAUGUCGUGGAUUCAGACAUAACUGUGCAUAACUUUGUUCCUGAUGACCCAGACUCAGUUGUAAUCCAAGAUGUUAUCGAGGACGUUGUUAUAGAAGAUGUUCAGUGCCCAGAUAUCAUGGAAGAAGCAGAUGUAUCUGAAACGGUCAUCAUUCCUGAGCAAGUGCUGGACUCAGAUGUAACUGAAGAAGUUUCUUUAGCACAUUGCACAGUCCCAGAUGAUGUUUUAGCUUCUGAUAUUACUUCAGCCUCAAUGUCUAUGCCAGAACAUGUCUUGACGAGUGAAUCUAUACAUGUGUCUGAUGUUGGACAUGUUGAACAUGUGGUUCAUGAUAGUGUAGUAGAGGCAGAAAUCGUCACUGAUCCUCUGACAACCGACGUAGUUUCCGAAGAAGUACUGGUAGCAGAUUGUGCCUCUGAAGCAGUCAUAGAUGCCAAUGGGAUCCCUGUGGACCAGCAAGAUGAUGACAAAAGCAACUGUGAGGACUACCUUAUGAUUUCCUUGGAUGAUGCUGGUAAAAUAGAACACGACGGUUCCUCUGGAAUGACCAUGGAUGCAGAGUCGGAAAUUGAUCCUUGUAAAGUAGAUGGCACUUGCCCUGAAGUCAUCAAGGUGUACAUUUUUAAAGCUGACCCUGGAGAAGAUGACUUAGGCGGCACCGUAGACAUUGUGGAGAGUGAGCCUGAGAAUGAUCAUGGAGUUGAACUACUUGAUCAGAAUAGCAGUAUUCGUGUGCCAAGGGAAAAGAUGGUUUAUAUGACUGUCAACGACUCUCAGCAAGAAGAUGAAGAUUUAAACGUUGCUGAGAUUGCUGAUGAAGUUUAUAUGGAAGUGAUUGUAGGAGAGGAGGAUGCUGCUGCAGCAGCAGCAGCUGCUGCCGUGCAUGAACAGCAAAUCGAUGACAAUGAAAUCAAGACCUUCAUGCCAAUAGCAUGGGCAGCCGCUUACGGUAAUAAUUCUGAUGGAAUUGAAAACCGGAAUGGCACUGCAAGUGCCCUCUUGCACAUAGAUGAGUCUGCUGGGCUCGGCAGACUGGCUAAACAAAAACCAAAGAAAAGGAGAAGACCUGAUUCCAGGCAGUACCAAACAGCAAUAAUUAUUGGCCCUGAUGGACAUCCCUUAACUGUCUAUCCUUGUAUGAUUUGUGGGAAAAAGUUUAAAUCGAGAGGUUUUUUGAAAAGGCACAUGAAAAACCAUCCUGAACACCUUACCAAGAAGAAGUACCGCUGUACUGACUGUGACUACACCACCAACAAGAAGAUAAGUUUACACAACCACCUGGAGAGCCACAAGCUGACCAGCAAGGCAGAGAAGGCCAUCGAGUGUGAUGAGUGUGGGAAGCAUUUCUCUCAUGCUGGGGCUUUGUUUACUCACAAAAUGGUGCAUAAGGAAAAAGGAGCCAACAAAAUGCACAAGUGUAAAUUCUGUGAAUAUGAGACAGCUGAACAAGGGUUAUUGAAUCGCCACCUUUUGGCAGUCCACAGCAAGAACUUCCCUCAUAUUUGCGUGGAAUGCGGUAAAGGUUUUCGGCACCCGUCAGAGCUCAAAAAGCACAUGCGAAUCCACACUGGGGAGAAGCCGUACCAAUGCCAGUACUGCGAAUAUAGGUCUGCAGACUCUUCUAACUUGAAAACGCAUGUAAAAACUAAGCAUAGUAAAGAGAUGCCAUUCAAGUGUGACAUCUGUCUUCUGACUUUCUCAGAUACCAAAGAGGUGCAGCAACAUGCUCUUAUCCACCAAGAAAGCAAAACACACCAGUGUUUGCAUUGCGACCACAAGAGUUCGAACUCAAGUGAUUUGAAACGACACAUAAUUUCAGUUCACACAAAGGACUACCCCCAUAAGUGUGACAUGUGUGAUAAAGGCUUUCACAGGCCUUCGGAACUCAAGAAACAUGUGGCUGCCCACAAGGGUAAAAAAAUGCACCAGUGUAGACAUUGUGACUUUAAGAUUGCAGAUCCAUUUGUUCUAAGUCGCCAUAUUCUCUCAGUUCACACAAAAGAUCUUCCGUUUAGGUGUAAGAGAUGUCGAAAGGGAUUUAGGCAACAGAAUGAGCUUAAAAAGCAUAUGAAGACACACAGUGGCCGGAAAGUGUAUCAGUGUGAGUACUGUGAGUAUAGCACUACAGACGCCUCAGGCUUUAAACGGCACGUCAUUUCCAUUCAUACGAAAGACUAUCCUCACCGUUGUGAGUACUGCAAGAAAGGGUUCCGAAGGCCUUCAGAAAAGAACCAGCACAUAAUGCGACAUCAUAAAGAAGUUGGCCUGCCCUAACAAUACUUCUGCAGACAUUUGUAGAGAUGUUGGCCUUAAAACAGAAAAUUCAUUUUAAAGCCAACCAGUCUCGUUCACAUACAAUACUGUAUAUUGAUUUAUGCUGUGUACAAAUAGAAUUAUUGCUUCUAGUUGACCUUUUUUUUUUUUUUUUACAUUUUGUUCAAUAGUGUGUUCUGAAUUCUAUUCAGUUUGUUUAAUAAAUGGGGAAGAGCAGCAACAAGCAAGUUGCUUUUAAUAAAGUAAUCCCUGAUUCUAUAUGGAAUUUUUCUAUCUUAGAAGUUUUAUAUUUAUUUAAAUAUUUACCUUGCUUACCUUGAUGGUACUCUUCUAAGACCAUUUAACAUAAGGUAACUUUAGAUUGGUAACUCCAAAAGUAUUCGUGUUGACUCAUUUUUCCCCCCCAUAAAUUUCUCACAAUAAAAUUGUCAGAGACAUCUACUAACAUAAAUGGGAGAUUUUACGGUCAGGUCUAAUUAUCCUAACAUGGAAAUCAUUUACUCGUCUUGCUUACAUUUUCAGACCACAUGACAAUGACAGUUUCCAUUUGAGCUUUUGCGUCCCUGGCAUCACUGAGUAAAGAGCAGUGGCUGGGUUCAUGUUUACUUUUCAUUUUGUUGAGCAGACAAAAUACACUUUUUGGGGGGCUUUCUUUGGAGUAUUUACAUCUUUUGUCAGCAUAGCAAACUUUUAGAAAACUUUAUUGAAAAAUUUUGCUUGAUCCUGUUGUAUUUUGAUUAUUCUGUCUGUGCUGCCUUGUCUUGGAAUGGUUGUGUACUACAAAUGAGACUUAUUGAGGACUGCAUUUUGGAAUCACCUAGAGGUAAUUCGUGGCUCAUAGGAUCUUUUGCAACUUUAUAUAUGUAAAUGUACCCUGAAUUAUAUAUAUGCACAUAUAUAUAACAUGUAUCUGUGUGUAUUGCUUAUUUACAUAUUUAUACACACAACCCCAAGUAGUAGUUGUUUAAAAUCUAUAAUGAAAAGUAUUAAAUUUACAAUAACAUGAAAGAUGCAGGGAUGCAUGAGAGAGCAUUUUCUAAGUCAUGCUCUUCAGAGAGACUACUCAGGUGAAGAAUUAGAAGGAAAAUAAGGACACUAGUAUUUUUAAAGAAUAAAGGUAUUUUCUUUUAAAUAUCUUUGGUAAUGGAAAAAUAGAAGUUAAGAUGUUUCUAGAUAGGAUGUUUUCAUACAACUUCAGCUCCAUGCCUUUAUAUUUUUCUGAAAAGCUAGUGAGUAUCCAGACGUAACUCCCUCACUUCUCUCUCAGAAGCCCAUGAGGGAACUCUGUGUCACCAAGUGAGGGGGACUAAGGAAGCGAUGGCUUCAUGUACCAGAGAAUGGGUGCUAAUUAUGACACACUUGGCAAGUUCAGCCUGCUCUAUUAUUUCUUAGUUACAGUUAGCAAACUUUAAAAAACACUCAAGUUGGCUUUGAUUAGAAGAUAAAGGUGUGUUUUAAGUGCAUGAGGAAAAUCUGAGGCCUUAUUUGGAAUGUCACCAAGUCUUUUUACAGUUUUUUCUUUGAGAGUUGACAUUUUUUAACAAACAGUUCUGAAUCAGGCUCAUAAAUUCAUAAAACGAGCUCUUGUUAUUUAGAAUUUAUUUAUGUUAAGAUGAAUCUUGGAGAACAGAAAACAGUUUUGGGGGUCCCUUAAAUUGGCUAUCGGCACAUGAGUAUCUGGCACACUGUGGGCGAUUUAGGACUUUCCUUUCUACUUGUUAGCUGCCUUGCCACUUCAUUAUGGUACUCUAGCCUCUUCAUGCUGUUAGGUUUUUACCUUUCAUCCUUCUUUUUGCCAUUGAUACUUAUAUUGAAGGCUGAUAUUUAUAGAGUUAGAGAUCUAAAUAUUUGGUGUUUGGCAAGCCUGUGAAGUGCUAGGUGAUUUAGUCCAGUUCUAAAUCAAGUGCUUUAGGCUGGUAUGGGCUCCAACCUGAAUGCCAGUCAAAGCCAAGGCAUCGAUUUAUCCCAGUGGGAACUCCUGUGCCCUCUUGGCCCCCAUAACAUGGCUUUUUUUUUUUAAGUAACUUACAGUUACGUGAUUCAUUGCCCUGCAGUACUAUUCUUUGAAAGCUCUGUCUGUUUUUUUGUGAGAACCUUUAAAAUCUCCCUUCCUUUUUAUUUUUCCCAGAAAUGAGGUAAUACACUUAAAUGAAAGUGGAAAUUUAUUAAUUUUAAAACGUCUUGUAAAAUUAAUACAGAAAAUAUAAAUAAUUGGUCAUUUAACUAUAUUUUUUUAAAUAAACUGAAAGAUAAAGAACACAACACUUUACACACUUUAUAUUUCUCUUACAUAGUCUGGAAUCAUACACAGUUCUUUUCUUUUUAAAGCACAAUAUUGAAACCUUUAAAAGGUAUUUAAGGGUUUGGUCAAGUGAAUAUGAUAAAAUGUAUUUGUCUGUAUAAAGAGAAAAUGAAAUUGUAGUCACUGUUAUGUACUGACAUUAGUUACAACCUAGUUUUAAUUCUUAAAACAAUUUUGAUUAGCAAAGCUAAAAAAAUGGAUGUUUCAGUUAAAUGUUUUAAAGAGGUACAGAUUUUUACAAGGACAUAAUAUAAGUUAUUGUUCUGUAGAAAUAUCCUAUUAAAUAUUGUAUGUCCCUCCCUCUGUACACUUUGUAAAAAAAGUAAAAUACAUAAAAAGAAAAUCAUAUAGGGAUGUGUGACAUUAUUGUAAUUGUGUACUUGAGAAUAACGUGCAAAAAUAAAAAUCAGAAUAUUUUCCUGUUAAUGAAUGUUUAGUCUAUUUGAUACCAGUACUAAGUUAAUGCUUUUUCUUAAGAAAAAAAUGUACAGUUUUUGUAAACCUAAUAAACAUCAAAAGCAGUGUA